AUGAGCCUUUGUGUAUCAGAUAGACUCGGACGAAUAUUUUUACAGGGUCAAGCUCCAUCAGCAUCCAGUACAUUGGAUUCAGCAUCCGGUGGUCCACCUCUUCAACUUUUUGGUCAUUUCAAUGAAUUCAAGGAUGCUCAACGUCGAUGCCUUGACGCAAAUGAACAUCGUCGAGCAACAGCAGAAGUACUAGUAGAUGAGUUUAUUGACCAAUCAUCAUUCAUAGAUAUCGAGGGUACUUUCAAUCAAUCCGACAGUGAGACAUUUUAG